AUGGUUGUGGAGACAGCAGCGAGGACGAGCAGGAGGUACGCGCUGCUGAUGGCGGCGCACGACUCGGAGUACGUGCACAAGAAGUACGGCGGCUACCUCAACGUCUUCGUGGCCGCGUUCGGAGACGCCGGCGAAAGCGAGGAGUGGGACCUGUACCGUGCCGUCACCGGGGAGCUCCCGGCCCCGGAGGACCUCGAGAGGUACGACGGCUUCGUGAUCAGCGGCAGCCCGCACGACGCCUACGCCGACGACCUGUGGAUCCUGCGGCUGUGCCUCCUGGUCCGGGAUCUCCACGACAUGCAGAAGCGGGUCCUCGGCAUCUGCUUCGGCCACCAGGUUAUCUGCCGCGCGCUGGGCGGGCGCGUGGGCAAGGCGAGCGGCGGCUGGGACGUCGGCAUCAGGGAGGUGGCCAUCGCGGAGGCGGCGCCGCCGUGCAGGUUCCUCAACGCGCUGAAGGACCAGCUGCCACCCCGCGCCAAGAUCACCGAGGUCCAUCAGGACGAGGUGUGGGAGGUGCCGGAGGGCGCAGAGGUGCUGGCCUCCUCCGACAAGACGGGCGUUGAGAUGUUCCGCAUCGGCGAGCACGUGCUGGGCAUCCAGGGCCACCCGGAGUACACCGGCGACAUCCUCCUCAGCCUCGUCGACCGCCUCCUCACCGCCGGAUCCAUCACCGUGUCGUUCGCCGAGGCCGUGAAGAGGCAGCUGGAGGCCACUGCGCCGGACAGGGAGUUCUGGGUGAAGCUCUGCAAGAGCUUCCUCAAGGCUGAUGACGAAGCAUAGCAAACUCUGAAGCAUUGCUCGUGUGAUGAACUAAUGAAGCGUAGCAUAUGAAAAAUACCAAAACACUUGUGUUGUGUUUGUGAUAGU